AUGUCAGAGGCAGCCGAGUACACCUUGGAAACCGUCAAGGCGACGCAGAUUCCCGCCAACGACAUCGAUACAACGUUCCGCUCCAACAGCAUCGAUCUCAUCUCCGCUGGCCUCGAGGGCAAGAUUCUUGCCUUCUCCGACCAAUGGUUUGCCGAUGCCGCCAACCUGCUGAACCCCAAGGCGCCCAUUCACGAAGAUGGCAAGAUGGUCUUCAGCGGCGCCUGGUUUGAUGGCUGGGAGACGCGCCGCCACAACCCGGAGCCCUUUGAUUGGGUCAUCAUCCGCCUGGGCGUCGCCUCGGGCACCGUGACCGGCGUCGAGAUCGACACGGCCUUUUUCAGCGGCAACGAGGCCCCCGCCAUCUCUGUGGAGGGCUGCUUCAGCGCCGACGACGCCGACGUCGUGUCGUGGGGUGGCGGCCGCGGCGGCUGGGAGACCAUCCUCGGCGUGCAGCCCUGCGGCCCCCGCCAGCGCCACGGCUGGAAGCUGGACGCCGAGACCACCAAGGCCUACACCCACGUACGCCUCAACAUGUACCCCGACGGCGGCAUUGCGCGCUUCCGCCUCUUUGGCCACGCCGUGCCCGUCUUCCCGGCCGACGCCAGCGCCGUCUUUGACCUCGCGGCCGCCCAGAACGGCGGUGUCGCCGUCGCCUGCAGCGACCAGCACUUUGGCACCAAGGACAACCUGAUCUUGCCCGGCCGCGGCAAGGACAUGGGCGACGGCUGGGAGACGGCGCGGUCGCGCACCAAGGGCCACGUUGACUGGGCCAUUAUCCGCCUGGGCGCUGCCUGCCACAUCCAGCGCUUCGUUGUCGACACGGCCUACUUCCGCGGCAACUUCCCGCAAAAGGUCAAGGUGGAGGCGCUGCGCUGGACCGGCCCCGCUGGCUCGGAGCCCUCCCACGACGACGCGGCCUGGGUCGAAGCCGUCCCCCCGUCAAAGUGCGGCCCCGACCAGGAGCACGAGUUCGCGUCGCAGCUGCCGGCUGGCGAGGUGGCGACGCACGUGAAGCUGGUCAUGAUUCCCGACGGCGGUGUCAAGCGCAUCCGCGUCUUCGCUACCAGAGCGAUCUAG